AUGGAGGAGAAGAAGGAAGACGGUGACUCGGAGAUCCAGGAACACGGACCCGAACACUGGUUCUCAAAAUGGGAGCGGCAGUGUUUGGCCGAGGCGGAGCAGAGGGAGCCGAGCGAGGAGGAGGCCGACAACGACCAGGAUAAACUGUGGCAUCUUUUUCAAAACUCUGCCACCGCCGUGGCACAGUUAUACAAAGACCGAGUAUGUCAUCAACAGGGCUUGUCACUCUGGGUGCCAUUUCAGAACGCAGCUACAGCAGUCACCAACCUGUACAAAGAGAGUGUUGAGGCCCAUCAGCGAAGCUUCGACAGGGGCAUCCAGAUAGGACACCAGCGACGUAAUAAGGACAUGUUGGCGUGGGUAAAAAAGCGACGGAGAACCAUCCGCCGGGAGGAUCUUAUCAGCUUUCUGUGUGGCAAAGCACCCCCACAUAGGAGUAGCAGGGCCACCACGAGGUUGGCCAUGGUGGCCCCCAGCCGGGCCAACUCGCCGGCUGAGACCGGCUCGUCCGUAGAAGCCGACCUCCAGCCGUUCAGGGAGGCCAUCGCAUUGCAUGGUCUAAGCGGCGCCAUGGCGAGCAUCAGCGUGCGCUCGGGACCCCCGGGGUCUCCCACGCACGUGAGCGGCAGCAGCGGUAACGGAGGCGUCGCCGGCGGAGGGGCUUCUUCGGGUUCGGGGGCGCUGUGUCGCGGCAGACGCAACGGCCUCCUGGACGUGGACCUGAACACUUUCAUCUCCGAGGAGAUGGCGCUCCACCUGGACUCGUCCGGCUCGGCCUCGGCGGGGGGAGGGGGCGCGGCCCGUAAACGAAACUCCACCCAGUGCGCUGACGUCAUCACGGACUCGCCCACUCACAAGCGCAACAGGAUGAUUUGA